AUGGUUGUUACUAUGGAUACAAAGAGUGUGUUCUGUACUCUUGUCGGAGACGGUAUGGUCGGGAAGACUUGUCUGGCCAAAGUUUUCGCGGACACGACUUUUCCUGACCAGUAUAUAGCCACAGUUCAGGACAAUUACAGCGGUCAAGCUUGGUUUGGUGGUGACCAGUACAACAUCACCAUCACAGAUUCGGCCGGAGAGCAUGAAGGAAGUGACGUUCGACGGGUCAGUUAUUGCAAGUCAGACGUCAUUCUGCUGUGUUACAGUGUUCUGGACAGAGAAUCGUAUGACAGCUUGCGGUCACAUUGGUCAAGGGAGUUAGGGAGUUUUGCUAAACGAUGCCAAGUCAUGGUUGUGGCCUUACAAACGGACAAGCGACAGUCCAAACACGUUACUACAGAAGAAGGGCGGCGUAUGACAAAAUCAAUCAAAGCUAACGGGUUCAUUGAGUGCUCGGCCAGAAACGGUACUGACGUCAAGGAUGUUUUUGAGAAUGUAGUUCGUAUGUGCCUCAAAAACAGGAAGCGGAAGGCGAACAUGCUGAAAAGGAUACUUGGCCGCUGAACGCACAAAUAUUAUCCAACCCCAGGAUUUUAGCUAAACUUCGAUGUACAGAUUCGACGUAUGACGUACGUCACUCAAAUCUGCAUUGACCACUGAAGAUGAAAGAAGAUCGUAUGACAUUCCAUGUUAUAGAAGACUUUGUCGGAGUCUGACCAGUGUUCGUCUUGAAACGCGUGGAACCAGGAGUCGCUAUGUUGAACAUAGCGAUAUU